AUGCAUCAAGACCCUAACGAUAGUAUGCAAUCAGAUAUACCCCCCACGCAACCCAUCGUGGAACCCGACAAGCAUCCAUCGGAGCCCUCAAUACGUCCCGCAGAAGCCAUGCAGCAGCCGCCUGAAUCCCCAAAAGGCACUCCAGAAGAGAUGCUACGCACUCCGAAAGAGACACAACGCACUCCAGAAGACACAAAACGCACCUCAGAAUUUAAGAAGCCCACUUCACAAGCCGCAAAGCCCACAUCAUCAACACUAAACGACUCACCCUUCACACCACUGUCUAUGCGAGCUCUCUACUACACGCCAGAUGUAUUAGAAAACGAUGCACCCGAAGGCAUCCCAGAAGGAGAAAUCAGCGAGGCCAUGUCACCCGACGCAGAGCCAAGGGUUAUCCGGCAGAAGGGAACGAAUAUCGUAUUCGACCCAGGCUUCCCAACUCCACAGCCCUCCCCUCAGCAAUACCUUCUAAAGAUCAACACAGCAGCCUUCUGUCACGACGAGAUCCGUCUCGCCGACCUCCUCAACCCCCCAAAGGCCACGCCGCAGAUCCCACUCCACAGUCUCUGCGGGACAGUCAUCAGUACGCCGCGUGAUGACGACGAGCGGGAAGAAGGCCCAAAGUUCAAGAUUGGCGAUAUAGUCUUCGGUGUGGUUAGUUAUACACGUGACGGCGGAGCCGCAGAUUAUGCACUUGCGACUGAGAGCGAGCUAGCGCUGAAACCGGAAAAUAUCACUGUUUCUAGUGCUGCGGCGCUUGCUUUACCAGCGUUGACAGCUUGGCAGGCGCUUUUUCGGUAUGCCGGGCUUGAUCCCGACGUGCCUGGCGGUCUGCAGGGCGAGGAUGAGUCUGGGAAUGGGAUGGGGCGGUGGCAGUGGCAGCGUGGACGCCGUGAUACCGUGCUCGGCAGCAAGGAUUACGGUUACGGACACCGCAAAAGCACGGUCGCUGGUGCUGGAGGCAGAAACGCCAGCGUGGUGAAUGGUAGUAUCAGUGGUGCGGGCAAUGCAGCUGGAAACGGGCGUUGGGUUUGGCAGUGGAAUCGUCGCGGCGACCCACUCGACACCAAUACAGGUAGCACCGCUGGUAUCAAUGGUGCUGCUGACAUUGACAAUAUCCCUCCCGCUGCCAGAGCAGCCACUCCCCCUCCAGAUCCUAAGCAUGUGCGCCGCGAGAGCCUAGUCAGUCUCAUCAGCGGUAAUCCCAGUGGUAAGAAAAGCAUUCCUCGUGCUGCUAGCACAAUUGACCCCAAUCCCAAACGCACUGUCCGCCGCGAGAGUUUGAUCAACCUGAUCAAAGGCAGCAGCAACGGUCAAACUCGCGCUGCCAGCACCGUCGAUCCCGCUGCUGUUGCCGAUGCCACUAACAAUAACCGCCGCGCCAGCCUGGUCGAUUUAGUCCGUGGCGGCACCAAUGGACGGCGCAGCAGCCUGAUAGGGAGCAUAAUUGGCAACGCGAAUGGUAACGGCAACGGGAAACUAAAGCCACCCAAGAUUCGAGUGCUCGUCACCAAUGCCCGGGAUAACGACAUCGGCCGCACCGCGGUGCAGAUCCUACGAGCAGAUUCGCUUUUCCCCCCUGCUGUUCGGCCGUGGAUCUGUGUAACGUGCACGCAAGUCGAAGCCGAGAUCAUCGAGCAAGACUGGGAAGUAGAUGAGAUAGUCAUCAUCCCGCACCUCCCCUCAGCGGAGGAGUGUAAUAUCGAGAAAGUGUUUCGCGCGCGCCGAUGGCAGCCGGUUGAUAUCGUACUCGACUGUUCCGGUGGCGAAGUAUUCCGGGCUGCUCAUGCUGCGGGUGUCGUCAAGGACUACGGGGCUGUGUUGACUGUUGUGGAUGGUCAGGUUGCGCAGCAGUCUCCGCUUGUUCCUGAGAAGGAUGUGCUGGGCGAGAAGAAGCGCGGGAUUAAGAGUCGGUUUGUGCCUGUUAAUCCUGAUGGAAUAGCUAUGGAGCGAAUUGCGGAGUUGGUGGAGGAGAGUCUCGUCCGCGGGAGGGAGGUUACUGUUGUUGACCUUGCGCGUGCGGCGACUCUUUUGGCUUCUGGGGCUGCUGGUACAGCUGGGAGUCGGCGUGGUGGAAUGGUGGUUGUUAGGGUUAAUACUGGUGUCUGUACUUAG